AUGGUUCUCCGGGUCGCUACCAAGAAGACCAAUGGUACACAAGGCACUCAGAGCGAGCGACUAGAUCGGCUUGAGUGCGAGGAGGGGGAACGCGACACUAUCAAAGAACUUGAGACUAAGGUUCAUGAUGAGAAGACGAACAUGGCAGUCGCGAAUGCGCUUGAUGAAAUUCGCAGCCGCAACGCCCGUUGGGAGCGUAUAGAGAAAGAGGGCGAUAAGAAGAAGGUUGAUGCUGAGAAUUCGAAGACUGUGGAGGAUACUCAGCGCGACAAGGAAAAUGCCGAAGAUACUGAGUUCGCUCGGCAAGCUUUCACGAAGAAGCGUAAGCUUGAGAAAGAGGAGAUUGAGAGGCCUGAGACACCUGCGGGAACGAUCGACCGGACUAGUGGAGGUAGAAAAGAAAGAUAG